UUUACCCAGCGGUAUUCAGGGAGCUGUUGGGCUUACAAAGCUAUAUCUGGAUAACAAUAAUCUACGAGAGUUUCCGGUGGCUUGGAAAUGCCCCUUGGUAAGGAAAUCCUUGACCUUUCGCACAAUAAUUUAACUAGUUUUUCCUGUAACAUGGAAAUGGUAUGGGACACCUCUCUGAAGCGUCUUAACCUAUCAAGCAAUCAUCUGGGAUCCAUUUCUUGGAACUUGUGUCAGUUGUCAGGACUUCAAGAUCUAGAUAUGAGUCACAAUAGCAUUCGAAUGCUGCCAAGGCCAGAAUUCUGGACAGGUAGCACUUUGCACAAGCUAAACCUUUCUUUCAACAAGCUAUCCGCCAAACCACUUGUCGAGUCACAGACGGGUUCUUCAACGCUGAAGCGUUUUCAACGUUUCAAAGCCUCCAGCUCAGAGGAUGCUCAAGAAACAAAAACUGACUGUGAAUUCCCCACGGCACUAUUUUCUCACACGUUAGAGACACUUUUUUUAAACGACAACAAUUUACAGUCCUUACCCAUAAGUAUCUGCGGAUUGAUGAGCCUCAUCGAACUGGACUUAAGCAAUAACCUUGAACUGCGCACACUUCCUCCAGAACUUGGCAAUUUACGCGAUUGCUGGCAGCUGCGAUUGAACAAACUAAAUCUUUCAGGCAUUCCUAAACACGUCAGACCUGGAGAGAGUGGUGUUCGACCAAAAGAUACACUGGCAUACUUACGAGCAACACUUCGGAAGUCUGUACCGUAUUACCGCAUGAAACUAAUGGUGGUAGGGUUACAGGGUCGAGGGAAGACCACUCUGUUGGCUGCUCUAAAAGGUCAAAAACUACCACCAAACCUGUCCACUGUGGGGAUUGUGAUUGAUGAGUGGCAGGUUCAGAUCGGGGCCAGUUCAAGGUUUUCAUUACAGCGCUUCUUAACACAGAGUGACGCACCAUUAAUAACGUUUAGCACUUGGGAUCUUGCGGGGCAAAAUGUUUACUACGCGGCUCAUCAAAUGUUUCUGUCGCCCAAUACUCUGUACUUGGCCGUAUGGAAUGUGACACAUGGAGAAGAAGGAGUGGAGAGUCUGAGACGCUGGCUUCUCAACAUACAGGCUCGCGCGCCGUUUUCCGAAGUCUUAAUCGUCGGAACGCAUCUCGACUUGCUUCCAAAGAAGAAUCGACAAGCCCGCGUGGAUGCACUGAAGCAUAGCAUCGCUAUAAAGUAUUUGGACAACCAAGGAUUUCCGAAGAUUGUCGGCAAUAUUAUCGUGUCUCCGACGACUGGCGAGAACAUUCCGGAGUUGAAAGAAAUGAUUUACAGCAAGGCAUUAAAAGUCAAGGAUCUCGGAGAAAACAUCAUUGGUCGAAUGGUACCACAAAGUUACAUCGACCUCCAACAGGCUGUUAUACAAGAAGCUGAGCGCCGGAGAACAUCAGGCGAACCACCUAUGCUCUUGGAAGAUGAAAUCUUGCAACUCGCCAAAUGCAGUCCACAGAAUGACAUCUUAGAUACCGAGGAGCUAACACUCGCCACCAGGUUCUUACACGAGAAUGGCAUAUUACUUCACUACAAUGAUCAGCUACGAGGCCUCAAUCAUCUUUACUUUAUCGACCCUUCCUGGGUCUGUGAUCUGAUUGCAACUCUUGUCACCGUCCGAGAGAGAAAUCCUUUUAUUGUCAACGGUGUUAUGAAGAAGAAGGAUUUGCAGUUGGUGCUGAGAGACCCAAAAUUCCCCAAAAAUUUUAUAUCACAGUAUCUGCAACUAAUGGAGCGUUUCGAGAUUGCCCUCUCUUUAAAUGACGAACAGCUUUUAAUUCCUUCAAUGCUUCCAAAAGAGAAACCAGGACUACAGCUUCAUAAGCUCCAGAAGCACAUGGCCAAGGGAAGAAAUUCAAGCGAACAGGGUAGAGUGCCCAGUAGUCGUGUCAGUAGCUCACUAGACAACUCAAACAUCAACACAGUAUGCAGGAAUUACCAGAUGGCCUACACGCCGAGCGGAUUCUGGAGCCGACUCAUUACCAGGCUUAUCGUGUCCGUUCAAAGAUGGCGGACUAUUGAGCAGAUAAAGGAAGAAAGCUAUUCUCUGGUUUACUGGCGAGAGGGGAUUGGUGUCGUGUACGAGGGAGGUUACUUCAGGGUGGAAUCAUACCAAGAAUUGAUCCCUGUGAAUCAAGGAAAGGCCUUCUUUCAAGAAAUCAAUGGUGUUGCCAUCACUGUUUGGUCAGAACAGCGAGACUUUGCCGCUAUAGGAUUCAUUGUCGAUCAGAUUGACGCUCUCAUUUCGGAAUGGUAUCCUGGUCUUGACGAGACCGACAUGUACGGGCUGCCAUUGGUCCGUCGUUUAAUCCCCUGUCCGCUUUGCAUCAACUGGAUGACUAACCGCCACUCAAAGAAACGCUCAGUUUCUUUGGAGUUUCCCUCCACUCUUCCUGCUAAUUUUCAUAUGUCGCAAACUGUUCGCCCACACAAUUUCACUCUGCCGGAAUGUGCAGCGACCGCGAUGCGUUUUUCAACCAUUAGCUGUCCUUCCCAUCCCGAUAGAGUGGUGUCCAUAUCGCUUCUUAUCCCAGAUUUGUUAAUGGCGGACCUACCCCGGCAGUUACUUGUGGAGGAAACUCAAUUCAAUUUCGACCCGCGAGAAUCACAAAAGAUUGGCGGUGGUGGCUCUGGUGAAGUGUAUAGUGGAUCAUAUAGAAACGAGACUGUGGCGGUGAAAAUGUUCCACUCUACAGGCCAAACUGGCUCACUCUUGGACAGUGGACUUGGGAACACUGGGCCUUCUCCUGGAUCCAGGACUUUAAGUGGGUCUUGUUAUAGGUCCCAUCUGAGUGAGGGCUCCAGCGGGCGCAGAUCAGAUGUGUACACCGCCAACAUUGAACGGGAUAUGGAGGAGGAACUGGAAAGGACUAAGGUUGUCAAAGCUUUCUGGGACUUGCGUCAAGAGGUUGCAGUCCUUUGCCGAUUGAACCACCCGUGUGUCGUCAGACUUCUUGCCGUUUCCCUUCAUCCGUUAUGCUUUGUUUUAGAGCUCGCUCCUUAUGGUAGUUUAGCUACAGUCCUUGACGAGCUGUCAACCAAGCGUGAAGCUCAAGAGAACGAAUGCAGCCAAGUGGCCAGUAGUAGGGAGGCAAUUCUUGGGCGUGAAUUAUCAUACAACAUUGCUUUUCAGAUCGUGAGUGCCCUUUGGUAUCUCCAUGACUGUGACAUUAUCUAUCGAGAUCUUAAGGCCGACAAUGUUUUAGUUUGGUCCUUGGUAGAGUCCGCUUUAUUGAACGUCAAACUAUCUGACUACGGAAUCUCGUGUUUCGCCACACCCCAAGGAGUUGCCGGAGAGGAAGGGACUCCAGGAUAUCAGGCUCCGGAAAUUCGUACAGGAGUCGGUUACGAUGAAAAGGUGGAUAUUUUCUCCUUUGCAAUUUUUCUGUUUGAGCUAUUGACAGGGUGUCGUCCUUUUAGUGAUUAUCGCAAUGUCGUGGACAUCAAGAAAGCGAUUCGGAGAGGGGUGCGGCCUUCACCUCAGCUUGAGUUAGAUUCACAGUUACCAAGACUAGAGCGGCUUAUGAGGUCAUGCUGGCAUCAGUUACCAGAGAGACGUCCUUCUGCAGGCGAGAUUUUGACAGAGAUGGAAGAUCCAGCUUUCCUAUGUCAGUGUCGACUGUUGCCAACCACUGAUGAAAACUUGUUGGAGAAAGUUACAGCAAUUUAUGCCUUAUCAAAUGUUGCGUCUGGCAAUCCCAAAGUCCCUGCAGCCAUGGAUGGUCCUUCAACGGAGAUUGCUUCGAGCUUUAUUCUGAUUUGGAGUCGUGAGCGAAAUGAUCGAUACUACAGUUUGAUCAACUGUGAGACAGGAGUGUUCCACACACAAGGACAAAACUGUGACGGACAUAGAGUGCUUUGCAUGACGAGAGUUGAUAAUCGAACUUGGCUUGGCACAGAGGGGUGCACUGUAGAGGUGUUUGGACGGACGUCAUGGCGUAAUCCCUCAACUCUGUGGUCGUAUACCACUAAGGCUCCGGUUCUUGCGCUGUUGACGGAGUACGUCCCUGCAGAUGAUGACUCUCCUGAAAAGGCAGAGCAGGAGGGUGGCCCAAGAGUUAGGAGUGUUUUUGCAUCUCUUGCGAAUGGUACCCUGAUAGUGUUCACUCCUAAAACGAGACUAGCACGAACAUUUUCACAUGCUGAUGUCACUCUAGAAACGAAGGAUGAAGAUACCCGUUUGAAAAAAGAAAGCGACAAGUGGUCUAACUUUCAGGUUGUUAACCUUGGUCAGUCUGGUAUGCCCGCCAAAUGUAUGGUUCUUGUUUUCGAUAAUAAAGAACUGUGGGUUGGAUGCGGCAACAAGAUUGUGAUAGUGGAUACCAACACCUUGGCCAUUCUAGACGAGAUUGCUGUGUACCAAACGCAGAGGACGCAUGUUCGGAUCAUGGUAACUGACGGACUCCGUGUUUGGUGUGCGGACAGGAGGUCAUCGAAAAUUUUACAAUGGGAAGUGAACAGUCGUCAGCUGACUAAUAUUUUUGAUUGUGAUGUCAACAAUCCAGUUGGACAAGUCUUAAACACAAACAUAAUGGAAUCCCGCCGUUUCACCUCAAGAAAAGGUGAUGAUGAACGCUCUUCUCGCCGGGACAGAACAGUUAGUGACCCACCAGACAUGUACGAGCCAUCUUUCACUGAAUCGAUGUUUAAAGAAGCGAUGGCUCGUAGUAUGAAUGAAGAAGGCGAGAGAACAGAUUCCGUGGGUAGAGAUGAUUCACUUCCUCGUCAAAGUGAUUCUGACUUUGGUCGUAACGCAACAGGAAAUGAUCUUCAUGAGAAUUUUGGAAAUAUGGAUUCGAAACAGGUGCAGAGAUUAUCCUGUUUUCGGUCCCAUUCAGCGGAAGCCGAUUCCGACGAGAGUGGAAUUUCUCUCUCUCGUAGCAAAAAUACAAUGAGAAGUAGCUCAGUGUCCAUUCAGGCUGGCACUACCCCGCGGGAAUCUUACGCUCAAACUGAAGAUUUGCAAACAGACGAAGAUUGUGCUUCAGUAACUUCCGAAAAUGUUUCAAUUUUAGUCGAAAAAACAGCGACAUUUGAUACUAAUCAAAACAAUGGCAAGGAAGAAAUAGAAUCGAGCAGUGACGCUACUUUCAAGCAUGGCGCAAGGGAUACAUUAUCAGUUAAAACUAAGCCUGAAAUUAUAAUUGAAAUCCAGAAACAGACAGGAGACAACAAUGUUGAAGUUGAAAAAGAGACAGAUAAUGUGACUAGAGAACCUGCCGACGAAAGGGAAGGUGCAGAAUUUGAGCUCGUUGAUCGCGAAGAAACUCGUCAAGCUGAAAAAUCAAUUUCCCCUACAUGUGCUUCUAUGACCUCGUUAAUACAGCCUUUCAAUUCACCCUCUCGAGCUCCCUCGCUUAUGAGUUCAACGAGGAGAAAAUCUCAACGGCGGCAGGAGAAAGAUGAAGGCAGCAAAUCACCGCCUAGUAAACCGUGGACAGCGAGACCUCGGCUACGAAUACUUGCUGGCACAAUAAAUCGUGUGACAGCACUUUUGUUAGUGAAUGGCACGUUGUGGAUUGGACGAGGAGUUGGGGACGUACUCACAGUGAACGUCAACUCAGUCAAUAAUGAUGUUCCAUUGGGUCACGUGUUCGCUCAACUCGAGAGCGACAAUCUUCUAGGUUACGAGAAUGGUCAAGUGGAUGAAAUUGUUAGCAGUGGCACAGACAAGGUGGUCUGUCUACGUCGGCUGGAAACUCCGAGAGGGCGCGCUGAUGCUGCAGAUCGCGGUUUGGAGCGUUAUCAGUUAGUCGUGUGGGAGGCGUGGGGAGAUGCAGAGUUCAGAAAAUUCAGCUCGCGCCUGGAGGAAUUUAACUCCUUGAUUCAGUAAACAAUGCUAUUAUGAUAACUGUUUACCUAAAAUCUAGAAAGAGAGUUUCUUUGAAUGGUUAUUCAUCGUAAUCGUACUAUUUUUACUUUCCUUCUGCAAAAGCUUUAAGGAGACUGAUUUGACAACACCACUUGAUAGUUCCUAGUUCAUAAUUAUGAUGAAAAUGACACGUAUUACAGUUGUAAUGAUGACAAGAAGUAGAUGAGAGGCUUUGCAAGACCUAAAGAGCUUGGGUGAAGCUCGUUAAAAAGAGAAAAAUUAUGAUUUUUUAUCGACUAAUUCCUAAGGUAUAUACACUACAACGUUUAUCUCUGUCUGUUUACAGCCGUACAAGUUGUCAGGGACAUUACAAAGUGUCACGUAUUUUAUUACGUUUCGAGGACUUUAAUAGAAUCAAAAGGGUUGGCUUUUAUUCCCAUUUUACUUAGCAUUGUAAUUUCUAAGUUGUGAGCCAUUCAUUUCAUUUAAUGUAAGGUUAGUGUGAUUUAUAGUACAGAAUAUACGAGAUUGUAAAAGCUAAUUUUAUUUAGUCCGGCAAUAUUAAAGGGUCUAGUAAUUUUGAAGA